CCUACAAUGUCAAGUAUUAUUUACGAAGACCAGAACCCAAACAGAGAUUCUGCUUCUCGCUUCAGCAAUAUUUUCUAUACGACUCCGCUUAGGAAGAGAUAUGGAAAAGAGAAUGUUCUUAACAAUAGCCAGGACAUCAUUGAGAAGACUCCAGACCCAUCCAUAAUAAUAGAGAGAAAGUCAGGAGUUAAGAGUUUCGGAAAGAAAGGACUCAGCAGCCCUCAGGCAUACAAAAUGACAACAAUGACUAAGAAGUAUAAGACCAGAGGCUCUUCAGAUAAACAGUUGUUCUCAUUCGUCUCAAGCGAAAAAGACACUACGGACACCCAUGGGAGGAUAAAGAGCUCCAAAAAUGUAUCAAUGUUACCAAUGAAUGAAGAACUUCAUGACCUUGAGAUCGAAAGUGUUAGCUCAGGCCAAUCCUCUAAGAAGGAUGCUAAGUAUAGUACGCUUAGACUAAACAAAUCAACUAAAGAAAUUUCAAGACUCAAGAAAGAAUUAAAGGAAAAUCACCAACCUAUGGUGGUUGAUUAUUCUUCAGGACCGAUCCAAGAUAUGGACAUUUCAGCAACAAUGGCGCUUAGGGAGAACCUUAUAAAAAUAACUAACUUGCUCUACAUUAAGAAAAAGUGAAAUGGGUCCGAAAUGAGGCCAUUGGAAACUUCAACAUCCCCCAGCCAAAGAAGCACCUAUAAUAGAAUUCGCUGUAAGAGCCCAAAACAUAAAAGGCUUGGAUCUGAGACAAGAUUAACUGGAAUUCCAAACUCGCAGCUUAGUCUUCUUGAACUUUCUGAGAAGAUCCUUAAGAAGGCUGAGAAGAUAAGCGAACAAGAGAAGUCGAAGAUUCACCACGAAUUUCCUCUGAGAAACAAGAUCAAAUUCCUAGAGACUGAAAACCAGAGAAUUAGUCAAAGUUAUGAGAUCAGAAUUAAAGAGCUUGAGUCUCAACUUGCUAGAAAGAAGAAGAGAGGAGUCUCUAGAAAAUCUAGAGCCAGCAAAGAAGACGGUGUCUAUACUAAAGGCCAGCAAAAACAAAUGGUCGAAGAUUAUGAAAAUGUCCUUUUAGUCUUGAAUGAGAAACACAUUACUUUAGCCGAAGAUUUCCCAGAUUACAAUGCGGUUGUUGAUGAGAGUAAGUUGAGCACUUCUGAAAUGCUUCAAGAGAUGCUUGAUUACCUUCAUAAGAAAACAAAUGUGGAGAAGCCGAGAAAGACAGUGAAAGAGGCACAUUUUAAAGAUGCUAUAGAGUCUUCAAUGAAUCCUCAGAGAAAUUCACAGUUCUUUUGUCCUAAAAUGACUUUUGAGCCAAACAGAUUCAAAGGCGACAGCGUGCACAACUCAGUCGGAGUUAAAGUUUCCAAAAUUGACGAAGACGACUCCUUAUAAAGGAUA